GCUAAUCCUCCCCUCCUUCAAGAUAUUUUAACGUUUAUUUCGUUCCUUUUCUUCUACAUGGCGCUGUUAAAUGGAAUUAAUCUUGACAAAUUAACAGAGGAAUUCAUCGUACUCGAAAAUGUAAGUUAAUAUUUAACUUUUGUUAGCGUGGUAAUUCUGUAUGUACAGAACUGCAAAACAGGUCUAUAUCGAAUGUGUUAAAAAAAAAAAAAGGUUUGUACGCGCAGACAAUUACAGAUUUAAAUGGUAAAACCAUCUUGCUGGAGACGAUGCUGGAAGACGCCAACAGACAAGUGAAAUUUUACGAGACCAAGGAGAAAGCAGUCACUGAGGAAAGAGAUGCCCUUCUUGUCACGGUGAACCAGCUACAACAGGCUUUGCAGCAGCAGUGCGACCUCAGAGUGGAAAAUGAGACACUGAAAAGCAAUAUGGAAAUCUUGAAGCAACAAAGUAAACGAAAAGCAGAGGAUGGAAAGGCUGAGCUCCAACGACUGCUCUGUGAAAUGAAAGCACACAAAGAGAGCCACAAGAGGGGGCUAGAGACUGUCAAGCAAGAGUGCAGGAGGCAGGUGGAGGAGACCCACAAAGAAGCUUGCAGUCAACUGCAAGCCAAAGAGGUUGAAGUUAUGAGGUUAAUGGAGCAAAAAGAUCUGGAUCUGGAGGAGAUGAAAACAAAGCUGAAGGACCAGGAGAGAAAACAGCAAAGCGAGCUUCUGAAUCUGCAAAUUGAGUUUGGUGAAAAGUUGGGGAGAAUCCAGAAUACUGCUCAGAUGAGCCAACACCAGCAGAAAGAACACGAAUCUGUUCUUUCUGCACAAAAUUUCUUCAAAAGGAAGCUGCAGUUCAUUCAGGAAGAAAAGAACAAAGAGAUUGGGGUUCUACGUCAGAGAAUUAAAGAGCUGGAAGCCAACCAGCGCAUUGGCAACCUCUGCAGCCGUUCGAAGAAAAGAAGGACCUAAAUUGUUUACACGUUAAUAGCACUAAUAGGCUACUGGCCUGCCAGUUCCGAAGGUUCGUGUUUCCUGGGUGUUUACAUUUACCACUUAUUUGAAUUCAAGUUUUUGACUUCCCGUAGGGUCAUUUAACAGGAUAAUUGUCUCCCAUGCACGAUGUAUUGUCACACAUUGAUCUGCAGCGUGACUGCCAUUCUGGCAGGUGACCAGUGUGCUGAGAUCACAGUUAAACACAGGCUUUAUUCCUGUCUAAGGCCUUAAUCCAAUCAGACACUUGAAGCGGUUGACGGCUGGCAGGCGGAGGACUAAGUAGAAAAACACGAGACCAUUUGACUUUCAAAAUUCUAUUCUGUGGAUCUUUCCCCAGUUCAUUUCAACUUAUUUUAUGAUUGAUUUUUUGAAGUUAGCGCAACUCAGAAUCACUCAUGGUAUGUGUGCGCGUGUCUCCAGCAAAGAACGAUUUGAUACGUAUUUGAUGCAUUGGUUAGUAUAUGAUUCAAGAACUGUUCAUUUUCAAUUGGAAUGAUUGCACCUUGAUUCGAUAUGGUACGGAUGAAACAUCUGUCGAGUUCAUUGAUGUGUAACAGCUUAUUAAAUUCUUUC